CCGUAUUCGGUUUUCCUUAUUCGCGUGAUAUCCCCGAGGCGGGCGUCUAAGGGGAAUCGGAGUUCUCUGCUGCCGCUGCUUUCGAUCUGGCAGUGAGAGGUCGUGCCCAAAGAUUAGGGUUUGUGGCGGCAUGGGUCUUCUUUGUUGAUCGACGUGCCCUCGGUGCCCUCCUCUUCUUGAUCUCGAUGCAGUUCGGCCUGCUCCUUAUAGGAUCUUAUGGGGUUCUGUAACGGUUGAUGCUUUGGAGUCAUGAUCCAGCGCAGGGGCAAUUGUUUCGGCGGUUGAGGUUUAGUGAGCAAUAGGGGCUUCAAGAAUGACCCAACCUUCUGUGAUUCUUGCCACGGCGAGCUAUGACCACACCAUCAGAUUCUGGGAGGCUAAGAGUGGCCGAUGUUACCGCACCAUUCAGUACCCCGACUCGCAAGUCAAUAGGCUUGAGAUAACACCCGAUAAACGUUUCUUAGCUGCAGCAGGAAAUCCUCACAUCCGCCUUUUCGAUGUUAACUCCAAUAGUCCACACCCAGUUAUUAGCUAUGAUUCACAUACUAGUAAUGUGAUGGCAGUUGGAUUUCAAUGUGACGGCAAUUGGAUGUACUCAGGAUCUGAAGAUGGGACAGUGAAGAUUUGGGACUUAAGGACUGCGACAUGUCAACGGGAAUAUGAAAGCCGUGCAGCUGUGAAUACAGUAGUUCUACACCCAAAUCAAAAGGAAUUGAUAUCUGGCGAUCAGAAUGGAAACAUAAGAGUAUGGGAUCUGGCUGCAAAUUCAUGCAGCUGUGAGUUGGUUCCAGAGGUUGAUACUGCUGUGAGGUCUCUGACAGUAAUGUGGGAUGGCAGCAUGGUUGUUGCUGCAAAUAACCGGGGAACAUGUUAUGUGUGGCGCUUGCUAAAAGGAACACAGACUAUGACCUACUUCGAACCACUACAUAAAUUACAAGCACAUGAUGGCUAUAUCUUGAAGUGCCUGCUGUCACCAGAAUUUUGUGAUCCCAACAGGUAUCUUGCUACUGCAUCAUCCGAUCACACUGUAAAAAUAUGGAAUGUUGAUGGAUUCACAUUGGAACGAGUAUUGACCGGACAUCAGCGCUGGGUGUGGGACUGUGUUUUCUCAGUGGAUGGUGCUUAUCUGAUAACAGCUUCAUCCGAUACAACUGCAAGACUGUGGGCAAUGUCCAACGGAGAAACCAUUAGAAUGUACCAAGGGCAUCACAAGGCAACCGUUUGCUGCGCUCUGCAUGAUGGUGCCGAAUCACCUCCGGCAUGAGGAAAACUUGGUUGCAAGACAUUAUAUAUUUAUAUUGAAGUUUGAUAGGUUUUUUUUUUUUGUCGGUUGUUUGUCUGGUGUAUGUUCGGAUCGGACAUCUUUAAUCUCAAGAUGUUUGAAUUCCAGCUGUAAUAUUAGUUAUUUGACUGCUGUUCUUCGUUGA